AUGGAGUCGGUAUGUUUUGUUGAUAUUUUAUCUUAGUAGUCAAUAAUCUUAUUUUCAGUUUAUUGUCGUUCGAGCAAACGAUCGAGUCGUUAAAGUUACCGCAAGAAAUGAUGGAACAAUUAACGAGAAGACUUUGCGCAGGGCUUUCCAACUUGAAGAUGACGUCCCGAUCGGAUUAUUCAAAAACGACUUAGCUUUAGCGUAAGUUUUUAAAGGUUUUAUUAAGACAUUUCGAUUUUCGUUAGCAAUUUUGAAUAAAAUUCUGAGCAAAUUUUUAAUUAAGAUUUUUAGGUGCAGAGAUGACGAUGUUUUCGAAUUACAGGAGGGAUGGAAAGGAGCCGAGUUUGAAUUGCGCUGGGAAGAAUCGCGGCGGAAGUUAAAAAAAUUAGGUAUUUUCUAAAUAUUUUGUUUACGUCAGACCCAUUCUCGAGUACGGCUGUGAACUUUUCCAUCCCUCAUCGACAUCCCUCUCCAGCAAAUUAGAGUCUCCCCUUAGAUUUUUCAGUAGAAGAGUCUUCCAAAGAUGUAACAUGCGGUUCGCCUCCUAUAGCGACCGUCUCAGUCAAUCUAAUUUAAAAUCGAUAUUCCACAGAAGGGUUCUUCUUAUUCUCAGAACAUUCCACAACAUAAUCUCGCACAAGUACCAUUUCCCCUCCGUAAGCAUGUUCCUCAAACCCGGCGUCUCCCCCCGUCACCCGUACCACCUAUCCUCCCUUGGCCUACCCCAUGACUCUUUCUUACAUACCCAUCUUGCCCUUUGGAACCGAGUGGCCAAGUUGUUUCCCGAAAGACUGUCCUCUAAGGCCUUCGCGGCGCGCAUCGAGAAGAUCCCCCUAGCUUUUUUGUAUUCUAACUGACCUCUGGCUACUGCCGGCCAAUGGUCAUGUCAAGCCAUUGUUCCUUCCCCCACCCACAUUCCCCCUCUUUUUCUUUUCUUUCUUUUUUGUUGUUGUUAAUUGUAUUCCUAGGUGGCUGAAGAGAAUAAAUGUGUUAUUAUUAUUAAAUAUUUUAACGCCUUUUAUUGAUUUUUUUAACAUUCCAAGAUUUAUUUUAAACAUUAAUAAUUUAUCAAUUCUAGGCGCUACAAAUCCGAAGAAACGGAAAAUCGAGCCAGAAUCUCAAGAACUCCCUGUUGAUGGUGAUUUGGCUGCUUCGAUUGGACGAUACGCUCUCUACUACAAUGUAAAGAAGGACAAUUACAAGAGAAGUGCUAUUCCGUUGACUCCAAGACUUGCGGCAACUUUUCGUCACGGAGAUAACAAAUCAAUCGAAAUAGGUUUGUUAGUUAUGGGUUUAUUUCAUUCAAUUGGCUAUUUCUAGGUGAUGAAAUUGUAAUCCGUUCUUGGUCCGACGAAAAACUUAAAGUAUCAACUCGUGCUGUGAAAAUCGUUGAAGAACUGGACACAAUCAUCUUGGAAUCGGACGGAGCAGAUCUUUGUCAUAAAGAUCUAAUUUCCAAUUCAAUCUUACCUCGAAAGGGAAUGCAAUACCUGAUGGUAAUUUUUUUAUCAAUUAAAGUGGCUUACUAAAUUAUUCCAAAAAAUGCACUUAUUUAGAUGGGAUAUUCGAUUCUUCAUGAAAAGACAAGUCAUCAAUCGCUUUCAACUGGAAUUAUCGUUAGUGAUGUGACUCGAAGAUUGCGAUAUACGGGAUCAAGCGGCUCAUUCAAAGGAGAUAGCGGUGGCAGCUGUUGGAACGAAAACGGGCAACUGAUAGGAAUGCAAAUUGAAGUACAAAAAAGGCCGCACACUCAAGAUGAAAAAGGACGACCGGCUUCACCUGCUUCUGGAGGCCGUUGCUGCAUUGUGGCGAUCAUAUCCAUUCUUGCUAACAUUCAGGUAAUAUUAACUGAUAAUUCAUGUAAACAAUUUUCGGACUUUAGGAUUUGUUGCCACCGGCCGACUCUGAUGGGGAAUAUGAAUGGAAUGAAUGA